AUGCAUAUACCACCUGGCUUUUCUCACCAGCCACCUCGACCUGCGGCUAAUCAAGAGCCUAAGUUGAGAGCCAUGUUGAAACAGCUGCUACAAGGUCAAGCUGAUGGUGUUAUGGAAACAAGAAAGAAGUUGGCUGAUUUAAAUUCAAAGAUUGAGUCCUUGAACACAAGAGUACAUACCCUAGAGAACCACACUUCCUCUGCUGCUGCUAAGCAAGGACAACUACCUGGAAAGCCUGUUCAGAAUCCAAAGGAGCAUUGUAAAGUAAUCUUUACUCGAGAAGAAGAAUUUGAUCAACAAGCUGCUAAUGAGAAAGCCAUUGAGGAGAUCUGUAUGCUGCUUAAUGAUGAAGACAAUGUUGUUGCUGAUGCUCCUGAAGUCCAAUACUUUCAACAUGAAGUGCAAGCUACUCAAAUAGCUAUUCACACUUCACCAGUUGAGCUCGCACAACAAGUUCGAUCCGCAGCUCGAUCGAGUCCAACCUCAGCAACUCGAUCGAGUCAGACAGUUUCUGUUCCACAACCAGUUUUGCUUGAACCUUACCAGCCAGUUGAUCCAUCUUCAGGCCGCCUACUUAGUCAAGGUCAAAAGGAAGUGAUUCACAAGUUUAGAAGGGAUCUCAGUGAGAUAGGAGUUGAGCUUCCUAGUAUGGGUAGUAUGAAUGAGGCAUUUGAACAAAUGAAGCUGAUUCAAGAUGUUAUGGACAACAAAGACAAAGUGUCUAAGCUCCUGGAGCUUUCUACUGCUCAGCACAACCUCCUAACCUCACCUAUCUUCUUACCAAAGCUGGAGGAUCAAGGAAAGUUCACACUUCCUUAUAAACUUGGACAUUUGGAGUUUGAUGAUGCCUUGGUCGAUUCUGGUGCUAGUGUCAACUUGAUUUCACUUGCAAUGGCACAAAAGCUCAGUAUUCAUGGAGCCUUGCAGCGCUCCAGCUCAACAAUCAUGUUUGCUGAUGCUAUUUCUAAGUCACCUCUUGGUGUGUUCAAGAAUUACCCUUUAAAGGUGGGAGAAUGCCCAUUACCAACUGAUCUUACUGUCUUGGAAAUGGAAGAAGAAAAGGAUGUGCCACUGAUUUUGGGGACCCCUUUCCUUAGUACAGUAGUGAUAUACCCAUAUCUUUCAUGUUUUUAUCAAGGUUUUCACUAUGUUUUUAAUACAAAUAAUGUGGUUUUUAUGCCCAAGAGGUAG